AUGUGCUCGAGCAGCACCCCGGAAACAGAGCAGUUCAAGACGCCUAUUGAGUUGUGUCUCCACGACCUGGAUAUCAUCCGCCGUGUGACCUUGCCGGAUCUCAAGGUGAUACGAAUGAUAUCACCGCUAUAUAGACCAAGCAUAAUUCCUAGCGAUGCGUCGGCGUCAUUGCAAGAAUAUCUAGAUUUCUCCCCAAAACAUCUGCUACAACAGCUUCUCGAUAUCGGUUCCAUGGACAGCGACAUCAAAGCAUUGAUUUGGUGUCCAGUUGCCGCUCAUCGGAGAUUGAUGCCAGAAGAGAGAAUCAUUGGCUUUAUCAAGCAACUCAAGGAGUGGAAGAAUACUAUUGGAAUCCUGUUCCACAAGCUUGGUGUUGAUGAGGCGCUCUCGGAGCCCAUUAACUUUGACCUUGCAACUUUAGCAAAUAUUUCAAUCCCCCCACCGCCGCAUGCAAACCUGCCUAGGGACUUUUGCCUCAUCCUCGUGCUCUAUGUCUUUUACCGAACGAGGCUCUCGUGGGCACUAAGCAUUUACAAUGGGGGCGAGAGUGAUCUCGAGCUUGAAACCUAUCAUUUCACUUAUCAGCUGUUGCGAUUUGUAACGACAGCCCUGGAUAGCCCACGACCCUCUUCCGAUGAUCUCCCAUUCGGAUGCGAGGCCCUGCGAGUAGGGCUCUCACCGAUACUCUUUCUAGCUGGGCAGUCCUGUCCGAGGCCAACCUGGCUCCGGUGGAUAUUAUUUGAAUUGGACCGCAGCGGCCGAGAAGGGGUGUGUAAUAGUAAGGCCUUUGCUACGAGCCUCGAGGUCCUGUCUACUCUCGAGAAACGCGUGCGCCGGGAGCCGAGACGACCUGAUGUGGAAUACUUCACCCCGCCACAUCAGCGUGUCAUUUCUGUUAUUUUCCCUGGUUUAAACGGGCGGGGCUACGUCACAUACUAUGCUCAAAUCCGUCCUGGCGAGCAAAUAGAUUCACAGGAAUCUCAUAUCCCCUUGUGUAUCGCCAGUUGGGCAAGUUCUGCCAAUGGUGGUAGACCUGUCGUAACUACCUGUGAUGGGACGGAUGUUCCCUUCAGCGAAUGGGUCAUGGAUCGGCCUCUAGUGAAGGAGUGGGCACAAUGGUUGACAUUCUCCGAGUUUGAUCUUACACAGACGCUUCAUGAUCACAUCAAUGGAAGUCGUCUUUUAGUCGACCGUGAUAAGGUGGCUGGUAGUAAGUGGUAA